UACUUUUUUGAAGAAAAUGCAAAAUAUCUAAUACUAAAUAAAAAAAUAUUUUUAAUAUAAAAAACUGUCGGUUAUUAGCAAAUUUAAUGGCAAUCUACAGCAAUGGAGAUGAGAAACCAUUAGGAUGUGGUUUGGGCUCAUGGCGUCCAAAAUGUUUGCAAAAGUGGGCCAACACACGAGUGUUUAUAUUUUUUUACAGUGCAGUGGCUCUCGUGAACGGAACACCCUAUGUCUAUAUGAUGGCCUCUCUGACCACAUUUGAACGCCGAUAUGCCUUUAACAGUGUCGUAACUGGUAUCAUACUCAUAGCCGCUGAUGUGGCCGCACUUAUAUUCCGGCCGAUUAUUGGCUAUUUCGCGCACCGUAUGCAUCGGCCGCGUGUGCUUGGAUUGGGACAACUGAUAUCGGCAAUGGGAUGCUUUUUGGCUACCUUACCAUAUUGGCUAUACGGUCCUGGAGUACACCUGUUGGGCGCUUCAUUUGACAAUUCUACCGGUGCUAAUAAAACUGGAGAGUUUUGUUUAUUAAAUAGUUUACUAGAAAAUACAUGCGAUAAUAGCAAACAAACCAAUGCCUCUUUAAUACCGGUCAUAUGUCUUUGGUUCGCCACUUUCCUCAUAGGUCUGAGCUCUGCUUUUUAUUGGACAUUAGGCAUACCAUUUGUUGACGAUAUUGUCAAGAAAAAAAACUCACCAAUCGCUAUGAGCUUUCUUACAUGUUUUCGUUUGUUUGGUCCCACCAUUUCAUUCAUGUUAUCAUCAUUUGUAUUGCGUUAUUACGAAAAUCCAUUGAUCGACUCCGGUAUUAAGGAUUUAAAGGAUCCCCGAUGGGUGGGUGCCUGGUGGAUUGGCUUUCUAGUGUUGGGCACUGCCCUAAUCAUUACAAGUUUUCCGUUGCUUUUAUUUCCAGCUGAUCUUAAACCACAAAAUCAAAUCAAUAAUUUUUUGAAUAAAAAUAAUCAAACAUUACUACAAAAUAGUAAUGCUAUUAAAGAGAAAGUCAAUCAAUUGGGUGUUGUCAAACGGGUUACAAAUUUAAUGACAAAUCCUAUAUACCUGUGCUAUGUAUUGGGUUCAUGUGCCCGACUAUUUGGUGUACUCGGUUACGUAWCAUUCAAAUCAAAAUAUAUUGAAUCUCAAUAUAAAAAAUCAGCAUCCACUGCCAAUUUUAUAUCAGGUAUAGUUGGUAUACUACCGCAAGCUGUAGGUAUACUAUUUGGUGGUGUAAUAUUAACAUGCCUACAGCCCGGUCCACGUGUAUUGACAAUGUUUGUCCUGAUUGUCGAGAUAUUGGGCUCAGUUGGGUUUUUUUCGGGUCUUUUUCUGGGAUGUCCGACAUCACAGUUUGCAUCACUACCCAUAAACAUUUUGGGAAUGGAUGUUCAAUCACAGUGCAACUCCAACUGUGGCUGUUCAGAGCAACUGUUUCAUCCUAUCUGUGGUCCCGAUAAUAUUACCAAUUAUUAUUCCCCGUGCUAUGCCGGGUGCGCACCCGAAUCACUAAUCAAAUCCGAUACGGGACCUAAUCAAUACUCAAUGUGCAGUUGUCUGGAGGGCGGAACAGCUACUGAGGGCUAUUGUGACACAAAAUGUGGCAAUAAUUUUGAAAUUUUUGUCACUCUUACGAGCAUUAGUGGACUAAUUGGACAGUUAGCCAGAACAGGAAAUUCUAUCAUAUCAUUCAGAAUCGUUGAAAGUUAUGAUAAAAGUCUUGCUAUUGGUAUUAGCGGUGCUUUAUAUAGUUUGUUAGCAUUCAUACCGAAUCUACUAAUAUACGGUGCUGUGACUAACAGUGCGUGUAUGAUAUGGGAGCAAAAAUGCGGUAAAACCGGUAAUUGUCUGGUCUAUGAUUCCGAUAAAUUUCGUAACCGAUUGCUGGGCCUAACGCUAAUAUUCAUAGUAAUCGGCUCUGUGUUUGACAUAUUGGUUGUCAUAUUGUCGUCGAAGAUCAAGAAUCUCUACGAUGACAACAAUGAUGAAGAUUGUGACAAAACAAAAGAAAAAUAA